CCUGAGCCGAACCGAGCCCCGCGGCGGGCGGGCGGGUGGGAGGAUCUGGCGGCCGCCCCUCCCCUUUCAUGUUGCUCUAAAGUGGGGGGGCCGCUCGCCCGCUGCCGCCGGGUUCCGCGCUCGUCAGCAGGCGCCCCUCCUGCGGGGGAAACCCGGAUUGAAGCCCGACCAGCUUCGGGGUGAGGCGAGUGGAUUCCCUCUUCUUCCUCCUCUUCCUCUCUCUGCCUGCCUUCCUCGGACCUCCUCUUUCUCCUCUUCCUUAGCCUUCCUCUUCCUCUCCCUUCCUCCUCCUCCUCCUCUGCCUCUCUCUUCCUCUGCCUUCCUCCUCCUCUUCUUUUGCCUUCCUCUUCCUCCUCCUCCUCCUCUUCCUCUGCCUUCCUCUCCUUCCUUAGCCUUCCUCUUCCUCUCCCUUCCUCCUCCUCCUCCUCUGCCUCUCUCUUCCUCUUCUUCCUCUGCUUUCCUCCUCCUCUUCUUUUGCCUUCCUCUUCCUCCUCCUCCCUCCGUUUUUCUCCUCUUCCUCUGCCUUCCUCCCCUUCCUUAGCCUUCCUCUUUCUCUCUCCUCUUCCUCUCCCUUCCUCCUCCUCUUCCUCUUCCUCUUCCUCUCUUCUUCCUCUUCCUCUCCCUUCCUCCUCCUCUCCCUUCCUCCUCUUCCUCUCCCUUCCUUUCUCUCUUUUCCUUCUCUUCCUCUCCCUUCCUCCUCCUCUCCCUUCCUCUCCUUUCCUCUUCCUUCUCCUCCUCCCCCCUCCGUUUUCCUCCUCUUCCUCUGCCCUCUUCCUCCCUCCCUCUUGCGACCAGCUUGCGAAGCCUGCGGGCAAAAGCAACGGCGGGCAGGCAUGAAGGCGGGUGGCAGAGACCUCGGAGAGGUUCGCUCUCCCUGCCCGGCUCUGCGCGCCCCUCUUUGGCCCCGGCUCUGCUGCCUUCUCCUCCUGCUCCUGCUCCCGCGGCCGGCCAGCUGCACCUGGAACCGCGCUGGGCUGCAAUUCGCCUCCCGCAGAAACUGGUGUUCUUACACGGUGACCAAGACGGUUUCCUGUCACAUCCAAAAUGGCACUUAUCUCCAGAGAGUUUUCCAAAAUUGUCGCUGGCCUAUGGGCUGUUCGGCGGGCAGCUACAAGACUGUGAUUCGACCGACGUACAAGCAGGCGUACAAGAUGGUCACUGCUCUGGAGUGGAAAUGUUGCCCUGGGCAUUCGGGAGCCAACUGCGAAGCAGACACCGUCAGCUACCAAGAUGUUCCAGGUGUCGCACAGGGAAUUCCUCCUCUGAGCAGACUGCCCAUCCGACCUGCAACCUAUUCCGGUUGUUUCAACUGCAGCAAAUUCUCCGAACUGUUGGCGAAAGUCAAUCUCCUGGAAGCCAAAGUAGCUACGUUCACGGCAGGUGAAUCCGGUCCUUCGGCUGUAUCUCGACGAUGCUUGCCCUCCACGGGCGAUGCUGCCCCCGACCCUUUAAAUCUGUGGCCCUCUCAAGCCCCGCGAGGGAAACCCGGAGAAGAACGUGUGGCGGGAGGAUUGGCCUCCCAAGGACUACCGGGCCCCGUAGGGCCUAAGGGCGACGCUGGAAUCCGGGGCCCUUCGGGCAUCCCUGGGGUCAAGGGCCCAGUUGGACCACAGGGUCCCACAGGUCCGCCCGGCCCACCAGGACGAGAUGGGGCCAGGGGCUUUCCUGGUGAAAAGGGCCACCCCGGACCCCCGGGACCUCCGGGACCACCAGCCCCAGUCGGGCCCCAAUUUUCACCAAUCCCAGAUCAAGGGGAUUUGCUUCUCUCCAACUCCUUCCCUGAAACGGUUGUAACUGGUCCACCUGGACCUCCGGGACUUCCGGGCCCAACAGGUCCCCCAGGACCUGCUGGGAAACCAGGUUUUCCAGGGCGUGAUGUAAGUAGACCGACCAUCUCUCCAGGAAAAGAAUUGGGGAACGGGGAAAGAAUUCCCUCCUGGAAGAAGGAUGGAAUUCCACCACCGGACCUAAGUCUGAGAGAGCGUGAUGGUUUCUUCCAGGGAAUUCCAGGAUCACCAGGUGCUGACGGGGCCGCUGGUACCCUUGGACAGAAAGGAGAGAGGGGGGAACCGGGUCUCAAGGGUGACCCAGGCGAGAAGGGAUCCUGGGGGGAGGGCUUACACCAGCUCCGUGAGGCUUUGAAGAUUUUAGCAGAAAGGGUUUUAAUCUUGGAGGCCAUGAUUGGGCUGCAUGAACCAGAUCUGGGAUCCGGCUUCGAUCCGGCCGCUACGGGGGUCCCCGGCGACGAUCGGAGUAAACGCAGCGGGUACACGGCGGCCUACCGGGCGAGCUCGCAGCAUUUUUCUCAGAAGGGAGAGGAGAGGAAGAAAUGAAGGAGGCUCUGCCCACCGUCAGGCGAAGAAGAGGACCACGUCGGGGACUGAGGGACCUCUGGUGUGCGGGGAGCACCGCGCUCCAUCCUAAUCCUCCUCCUCCUCCCUCCGCCUUGGACCGGUGGUGAUGGAGACGCGGGCUGUUCGAUGAACCGGGCUGGGGACAGGGCCAUGCUAACAAAUCCUCCUUUGUAUUUAUUUGUUCUUGUCAUACAGGGGGUUUGUUCCUGCUAUGGAACUGUUCUGUCCCCCUCGCCUCAGUCUGAGCGAUGACUUUAUUAGCCGACACUAUCAGCUCUGGCAGCAAACUAGCGAGCGUCUGCCAAGUGUCUCUGUUAUCUCCCUUGAUGCCGAUGAUCAACAAACAGUACUUCAGCUCUAGUCAAGCAGUUGAUUUGCCUGCUAUGAACAGGCAUAGCAUCCCUUGCUGCUUUUAUAUCCUGUGGGGUGUGGCUCCAUGACUCAGCACUUCCUAGGCCUGCCCCACCCCUGCUUCUGUUGUUCCCGCCUCUCCUGUCCAAGAAACCUAGGGACCAGCCAGGCCUGAUGGCCAUCAGCUGGGUCUGGAGGCGUGGCCUGGGGGGAGAAAGUAUCAGGGGAUGGAGGCCUCGUUAUCUCCUCCACCUGGCCUGCCUCUGGCUCCUGGAGCUGAGCCAGGGAAGCCGGUGCUCCCGAGGUAAGUCCUGAUGGCCCUUCCCCCUCACUUUGCAAGUCACUUUCUGGCAGGGGGCACAGACACAACAGGAACAAAUAGGAAUAGAUGUUGUGGAGUCUAUGCUUAUGGGAUGCGGGGAGUGGAGGGGGUCCCGGCUUGCCUGUCACGUGCCAGAGAUCCCCUCCUUGUGGUGAGAUUGGGCCGCGAUUUGGCAAGGACGGGGCCCAACACGUCCCGCCUUUUGCCAACCUUCUCGUCCGUGGUGGAAAUCUCUCCGACGUGUGUUCAGAGGCUCCAGGAUGCCGAGAGGAUCCUUUUGCUUGUGGAUCAUGCUUUGAACUUCAAUUUUAUUGUGUUUCUCAAUCCUGGGAACUUUUAAUCGGGGGGGGGGGGGAUUCUGGGAGUUGAAGUCCACACAUCUUAAAGAAGUUCCCAAGGUUUAGAAACACCACAAAUGGAUGGAGAUGGACUGGGAAUUCAAUCAAUCUGGCGCCUCUCUCUCUCUCACACACACACAAAUACACACACACACCUGAGCAGAAUUGGAGCUUUUCUCUCUGUCACACACACACAAACACACACAUAUCUGAGCAGAAUCGGAACCUCUCUCUCUCUCUCUCUCUCACACACACACACACACACACCUGAGCAGAAUCGGAGCCUCCCCGCCUCUACUCCCUAGGAGCAGGGAUUACAAAACUGUUUCCGGAGUCAGAUGAAAAAGCGUCUUGUGGCACUUACUGCAUA